GUAUUCAAGCGAUGAAUCUUCUCGCCAUUUUGUUUGUUACAGAAGACAGCAGCUGGUUUUCCAAAAAAGAAAGAAAAGUCAGUCCCAACAUUCUCCAUCUGCCGAGAUGUGGAGAAAUACCUGCAAGCUGUUAUCAAACCCUAAUUAUAAUCAUAAUCAUCUGAAAUCCUCCAACUAUUCCUCAUCCAAUUUCAAUGUUGUCUUUGGAUGGGCACCAUCACUAGUAACUCACUACCGCUCAUCCCCAUCCCCAUCCACUUCUGGUUCCUUAAAAUUAGGGAUUUCAAGUCACAAAUCCGAUGGAAUUCGAUCCUUUUCCUCAAGUUCUGCUGCCGGCCCUGCAGUUGUUGAUCAUCUGUCCCCGUCUCUGGCUUCGGCCGUGCAGUUGGGUCGCCACUACACUCGAUGCUAUUGGGAGCUCUCCAAAGCUCGCCUGAGCAUGUUAGUUGUGGCGACUUCUGGAACGGGAUAUGUCCUGGGGAGUGCAGGGAGUGCCGUUGAUUUGGCUGGACUUUGUUGGACUUGUGCUGGUACUAUGAUGGUUGCUUCAUCUGCUAAUUCUCUUAAUCAGGUUUUUGAGAAGAAUAACGAUGCCAAAAUGAAAAGAACAAGGCUAAGACCAUUACCUUCAAGGCGCAUGACAAUACCUCAUGCCCUCACCUGGGCAUCUUCUGUUGGGGUAGCUGGCACUGCUAUACUAGCUUGCAAGGCUAAUAUGUUGGCAGCUGGGCUUGGAGUUUCCAAUCUCAUCCUCUAUGCAUUUGUCUAUACACCACUGAAGCAGAUUCACCCAGUCAACACAUGGGUUGGGGCUGUUGUUGGUGCUAUUCCACCACUUCUAGGGUGGGCUGCAGCUUCUGGCGAGGUUUCACUGAACUCCAUGAUUCUCCCUGCUGCUCUGUAUUUUUGGCAAAUACCCCAUUUUAUGGCCCUCGCAUAUCUUUGUCGCAGUGAUUAUGCUGCUGGAGGGUUCAAGAUGUUCUCUCUUGCUGAUGCUUCUGGUCGGAGAACUGCUGCAGUAGCACUGAGGAACUGCCUUUAUCUGGUUCCAUUGGGUUUUUUAGCCUGUGAUUGGGGUGUGACUUCCAGUUGGUUUUGUCUUGAAUCAUCUCUUAUUACUCUAGCAAUAAGUGCCCUAGCAUUUUCAUUCUAUCUGAAUCGAACAACACAGAAUGCAAGGAGGAUGUUUCAUGCCAGCCUUUUGUACCUUCCUGUAUUCAUGUCCGGGCUACUUUUUCACCGUGUCUCCGAUAAUCAACAAUGCCUUUCAGAAGACAGUUUAGGUAGGAUCACUGAGCUGGAACCCGUAGUGCAAGGCAGGGAAAACCUCAAGCAUGGGAACCAGGAAACACAUUCCGCAAUUGGCAAGCAAGCACGUGCACCUGUAGCAUAUGCUUCCGCAGCACCAUUUCCUUUUCUUCCUGCACCUUCAUACACAACUUCCUAAGUUGUGGGUUUUAUGGAUUUUGUAUUAAUUCAAUAAUAAGCAGGAAGGCAACCGGAAAGGUCUUAUCCUGCGGCUGCUUCAGCAUUCUUUUGAAUUGAUUUCCUCUUCUUUAAUGUGGGAUUUUUGUA